GUGGAGCUCGUGGGGAGGAGAGAAACCGAGAAAGAGCGAGAGAGAUCGAGAGAGAGAGAGCCCAGUCCCCAGUCCCCACCACCCUGCCGGGCCACAGGAUAAAGAGAGAGAGGGAGGCAGGUGGAGGUGCGAUUCGAUCGAAAUGGAAGCUGCUCUGAAGAGCCUUUGCCCCUCCAACGGCAGCAGGAGUAUAUACCCUACUGAUCUUUGCAGCGGCAGGAGAAGGGCUGCGUGUGCUUUCUCUUCCAACGCCUCCUGGAUCCGAGCCGUCCAGCCUCCGAGGAAGCCCGCCUCCAGCCUCCUCAUCUUUCUCGACAAGAAAUCGCUCCGAUCGGCUCCUGUCUCCUCCUCUUCUUCUUCUUCUUCCCUCUCCGCAUCCGCAGCUGCACCCGAGGUAUGAUCCCUCUCUCCCCGCUCUGUUCUCAAGCUGUCCGCUUUCUUCUUCCACCUAGGGUUUCCAUUUCCCCACUCCCAUCUUCUGCUACUCCUUCUUCCACCCAGGGUUUCCAUUUUCCAGUUUCGUACUCGAUGCCGUUUAUCAAUCUAUCGAUCAUUUUCAUCCCCGUGCUUCAGUCCUCCUCGUCCAUUCGAUUCGCCUCGUGCAUUUCAUUUUGUUCCGCUCUGUUUGACGAUGCUGGGGUUCUUCGGAGUACCAUGCUGCUGCUUCUUCUUCUUUUCUAGGUUUCGGCGUUGCAGCAUCGCUCUGCGAUUCUUUAAUGCUUGACUUCUAGGGCUUUCUCGGUGCUGUUGCAACCAUUUUGUAAGCUUUAUUUUGUGAGUUGUUCCUUGAUUUCAGUAUCUACUUUUAUCGCCGGGUCCCUCUUUUCUCUUUCCAUCUUUUCGCAUUUUCUAGAUUAAGCAAUAUUCUUGUAGGAUGCUUUCCCCACUUUCCAAUACCAGUCUUGUUCCUCUGCGGUUCAGGAAGCUUAUGCUGCGGUUUCGAGUAAUUCUAGUCUCUGAACUUCUUUUCUUUUCUUUUCUUUUUUUUCUUUCUUUAGAUCGAACGCUGCACUACGUAUUUCUUCGUUGUUUUUUUUCUUUAUUUGUGCAUAUAUCCGUUACUUUCUAUCCAUUAUUUUCAUCUUCGACUGGGAUGUGCGUCUUGCCCUGUUGUAUCUCUGAUGUGAUGUCUUCAUUCGCAGAGGAGGAAGAAGCUGCUGCUGAUGCUCAGAUUCAGACUGGAAUCCAUCCAAAGACCGCACGCGUGAAAUUCCUUCUGCAGAAGGAAUGCCUGUUCGGCGAGCAAUUCCUCCUCGUCGGCGACGAUCCCAUAUUUGGUCUGUGGGAGCCGUCCAGGGCGAUUCCUCUGGAAUGGUCCGAUGGCCAUGUCUGGGGAGCUCAGCUGCAGGAUGUACCUGUUGGGAAGCCAAUUCGGUUCAAGUUUAUUCUGCGAGGCUUCGCGGGGGAGAUCACCUGGCAGCCUGGCCCUGACAGAAUCUUGGAGAUAUGGGAAACUGCGAAGACUGUCGUUGUUUCGCAGGACUGGGACGAUGCAGAGGAUCGGAAGAUCUCCGAGGAGGAACCUCUAGCCAUUCCCACAGAGGAAGCGAUCAUCGCCGAGAGCAAGCCAGGCAGCGACGGUGGAGCUGCAACCGAUGACGCCCAUCUGCCGAAUGGUGAUACCGCAGAGGUCCAAGGACACGCGACCGACGAGGAGCUUUCACGAGCCACGGGUGAUGAGAAGAAGCUGGCCAGCUAUGGAGCAGCAGCAGAUCGGAUUCUGGUCCCGGGCUUGGCGCCUCUUCCUGAGUCGGAGACGGCUUCAGUAUUUCCUCCGAAUGAUGUAACGACCGGGAAGGUUGCCGAUGCGUUGCUUGCAUCCGAUGAAGCUGAGGAGUGCAACCCAUCGAAGUUAUCUGGUGAGGAGCGGAAGCCAGACGUACCCGAAGGAAACCUGCUUGACGAAGAAUCAUCGACACUGCCAGAAACCGUUAGUGGUGAUGAUUCUAAAAAAACUCAGUGUUAUGGUGGUGAUUUCUCGGAGGAAAAGCAUCUAGAAGGAUCGAACUAUCAAUCAACAGCUGGCGUCAUAAAGAACGACAUCCAGCAGGGCAGGAGUGCCCUGCACCAGCUUCUUCUGAAUCUGGGUUUCGAUAUGAAUCCAACUGAAGGUGCAUGACAUCCAAGCAUGGAAAUCAAUUGCAUCUUUCUCCACAUUUCUCAGAAUGCCUUCGUGCAGAUAAAAACGGGAGCUUUUCGAUCCUGUGCUUUCAUCACGUACUCCUUUCAGCUGCCUGUUACUUCCUUCAUUUUCCUCUCAUGGCUUGCUUGCAGAUUUUUGUAGCAUGCAGCUGAUGUGUAAUAUGGCUGUGGAUUUGUGUAUGAACUGUUGUAUGGUAGUUCUUUUACCGGCUUGUAAUGAUAUUUUUAUUGAUGUGAGCAAACUUUAUAUCCUUCGUUUGGCCAUUUGAAGCGAAGGGCAGUAUC